CGCCUGGGAAAGGGUUUAGGGUUUAAUCGGUCGGAAUACGUUAGCACCUGCCACUGUGUCGCCACGUCAUUCUCUCUCACCGCCUGGUAGUGUUUAGUGUUUAAACGGUCGAGAGAGAGAGAGAGAGAGAGACGCCAUCGACGACAGAAGAGAAAAUGGCUUUGCAAUCCGUCUCAUGCUCCCAUUUCCUCCCUAAUCUCUCAUUAAACAAUAUUAGCAAGAAAAAAUCCUUCUCAAAUCCUCCAUUAUCUUUUCCAUCCGUUUCCACUGCCUGUAUUUCUCUAUACAAGAACUCCGGAAGUGGUGUUGGAUGGCGAAUUUGGAGAGUUCAAUCUGGGGAUGCUGUAAAAUGUCAUAAUGUGCCCACCUUUUGCUUUGAGAAAUUGCCCAAGAGAAAAAAUGCAGUUUUCUAUUCAUCCAAUUCAGAUACAGGAACCGCUGUUGGUGCUUCGGAUAUUGGUCAAGUUGCAAUCGAGUCUUCCAGCAAGAAUACCACUCAGCAGACUACUGGUGAAAUGAUUUUCGAUCGGAGAGAACCUUUCCGUGGUAAAUCGGGUUCAAUUUCAUUCUGUGGAUUGACUCACCAGCUUGUUGAGGAAAGGAAAUUGGAGUCUUCACCAUUCAAGGAAGGGACAGGUUCAUUUGUUUGGGUUCUGGCCCCGAUUGCAUUGAUAUCUUCUUUGCUGCUUCCGCAGUUUUUCUUUAGUAAUAUAGAGGCAGUUCUGGAUAAUGAGGUCCUUGCAGACAUCAUUAUCUCCUUGGCUUCCGAGGCCAUGUUUUAUACUGGGAUUGCUGCAUUCCUGCUUGUCACUGAUCAUGUGCAGCGGCCAUAUCUUCAGUUCAGUCAUAAACGAUGGGGCCUCAUCACUGGUCUCAGAGGAUACUUGACCACUGCUUUCUUCAUCAUGGGCUUCAAGAUUUUCGCUCCUCUUCUGGCUGUUUAUGUAGUUUGGCCCAUGAUUGGCCUUCCAGCUGUGGUUGCAGUGACUCCUUUUUUACUUGGAUGUGCUGCUCAAUCGUUGUUUGAAGCCUAUCUCGACAAGCGUGGUUCAUCUUGUUGGCCACUGGUGCAUAUUAUCUUUGAGGUUUACAGACUCUAUCAGUUGAGCAGAGCAGCACAUUUUAUUGAGAGGUUGAUGUUAUCACUGAAGGGACGCGCUGUAACCCCGGCAUUGUUGGAGAUGAGCAGUGCAUAUGUUUCCAUGGUGGCAGUCUUCCAAGUCCUUGGCAUUGUGUGCCUGUGGUCCUUGACAACCUUUCUUCUCAGGCUGUUCCCUUCUAGACCUGUAGCUGAGAAGUACUGAUCUUUGUAAGUCCUCUUGUGCAUUCUCUACCACUAGUUUGUAGACAGCUACUGAUCUCUCUUCUUGUUUGCUGUAUUUGUGGAAUUGGUAAGGAUAAAUUUCAAGUUUUGAAACAGAUAUAGUUGCACCUCAGUAUUUAUACACAUCAAUUGGACCUUUACACCCAUAAACCAUUGUAUGUUUCUUUCUAUAUGAGUAGAGAAUGGUGGCCUACUUGUCGUUUA